AUGCCUGAGGCGGAACAAGCCCGGGGAAAUAAUGCAAACACUAUUGCUAAGGAGCAGCCUGUAAAAGCGGAGAAGAGAAACGCCUUUACAGAGCUCCUGUCAUCUCGAAACAAGAAACCACAGCACGCUACUGAAAGCUCACUUCGAAGUCAUGCGCCUAAGGGCAGCACAUCUAACUUUAGAGCUUGUGAGGGUUUGGGCGCAUACAUUGCAAAGCCGGAGUCCUACCCAUCCGAUAUAGUCAUCUAUCACAACCAAGAAUUUGUCGCCAUCCAUGACAUGUUCCCCAAAUCGUCACUGCAUCUACUCCUUCUCCCACGCGAUGAAACAAAGACCCGCCUCCACCCGUUUGACGCAUUUGAAGACGCCGAUUUCCUUGCAAAGACCAAAACUGAGGUACAAAAGUUGCGCACCCUAGCUGCUGGCGAGCUGCGGCGCAAAUUCGGCAAGGAGUCUGUACAGGAGCAGGCGAGACAGGCUGCGCUCAGUGCUGAUUCGCCCCCGGACGAGCUCCCACAUGGGCGGGACUGGGAUAAAGAGAUAGUAUGCGGGGUGCAUGCGGUCCCCUCAAUGAGCCAUUUGCAUGUGCAUGUCAUGUCAGUAGAUCGGUAUAGCGAGCGUCUGAAGCAUCGCAAGCACUACAACAGCUUUGCGACGAAGUUUUUUAUACCUAUUGAGGACUUUCCCUUGGCCAAGGACGACGUAAGACGGAAUCCAGGGAAGGAAGGAUAUCUAAAACAAGAUUUUGUCUGCUGGCGUUGCGGUAAAGGAUUUGGCAACAAAUUUGUCGAGUUGAAGGCACACUUAGAGCAGGAGUAUAAUGAUUGGAAAAAAUUGUAA